CUGCGCGGUGUAGCUCCGAAUAUCUGCGAAAAAGAGAAAUAACGUCGCGUUUCCGAUCAAUAAAAAUAAUUACAGCCACGGUUAAUUUUAAUACACGAAGCUGCAUAUUUAUUUCUAUUUGUUUAGCAUUUGUAACAACUGAAACCGUGUCUCUUGAUUUGUCAAGUCAAGCGUCACCAAAAGGAAAGUGUAGCUCCCACAACUUCAGUCGCUGAUUAAAUCUGUUUGUGUUUGCGAAGGAAAACUAUUGAAGCUUAAUUAUUACUUUAGCGAUUGUGGGAUAAUAAAACAUGACGACCCUAACAAGACAAGAUAUUAAUUUUGGACAAGUUGUUGCUGACAUUCUUUGCGAGUUCCUAGAGGUUGCUAUCCAUCUAAUUCUUUAUGUACGUGAAGUAUAUCCCUCUGGAAUAUUUCAGAAGAGGAAGAAGUACAAUGUACCUGUGCAGAUGUCAUGUCACCCUGACCUGAAUCAGUAUAUCCAAGAUACAUUGUAUUGUAUAAAGCCGCUUAUUGAAAAGAACGAUGCAGAGAAGGUGGUGGUGGUCAUCAUGGACAAAGAGCAUCGUCCAGUCGAGAGAUUUGUGUUUGAGAUGUCCCAACCCCCUGCUCUCUCCAUCAGUGCAGAAACUUUGUUGUCACAUGUGGAGCAGCUUCUGAGGGCGUUCAUUCUGAAGAUCAGCGUGUGUGACGCCGUUUUAAAUAAUAACCCACCAGGUUGUUCUUUCACAGUUCUUGUACACACCAGAGAGGCUGCUACACGCAAUAUGGAGAAGGUUCAAGUCAUCAAGGAUUUUCCAUGGAUCGUCGCUGAUGAGCAGGAAGUUCACAUGAAGGAGUCGAGGCUCAUCCCUCUGAAGUCCAUGACGUCCGACAUCGUAAAGAUGCAGCUCUAUGUGGAGGAAAGAGCCCAGAAAACGUAGGCAGAAGCAGCAGACUGUGGCAGCUCCGUGGGCUAAUCUGUGACAACAACUCACGAGCAGAAUGUUUAACACAUUCUAUUAGACACUGAUUAAUAACAUUUACAUAUAAACUGGAUUUUCUAAGCAGAAAAAAUAAGUCCUUUUGAAAUGUGUUUAGGCUGGAUUUAUUUCACUGAAGCCAUUCGUUAUGAGUCAGACCCAAACAUCCAUCCAUCAUCUUCCGCUUGAUUCAAAGUCAGGUCGUGGGGGC